AUAGACAGGGUACAUGUAGAUUGGUGUUCAUUGCAUCCCAACAGCGUUUCAUCAUGAACUUGAAUUUAUGUUUGGGCCGGGAUAUACAUGUAGAUAGGACAACAGUGAACGAGAUUCAUGUUUAUUUUGAAGAUAUCACGUCCUACAUAAUCGUAUGUCAACCAGUCAACAUGUACAAUUGAACAUCAACUAAGACGACGUUGACGUGACUAGAUCAAGGCAAAACCAUGGACCUUCUAUACAAGAAACACAACGGGCAAUAAAGAUAUACAAACACAGUUGGGAAUCCAGCAUGGCAGAAUUCAAGCGGAACAUCCCGGUAUUUACAAAGACAGAUUUAACAGUAGGAGCAGUAUUUGGUGAAGGUGGUUUUGGAAGUGUAUAUGUUGGGAAACUUGAGAAACUUCAUCAACGAGUUGCAGUAAAGGUGUUUAAAGCAAAUCGUGGAGAAACGAUAUCAGAAAGACACCGAAACAUGUUAAUAAAAGAGGCCAAUCAUAUGUUCGAUGCUAGACAUCCAAAUGUUGUACACAUAUUCGGGAUUGUCUUAGAAACAGAUUACUAUGCGAUUGUAAUGGACUUCUGCCCAACUGGGUCAGUUAAAACCUUGUUGAAACAUUAUCCAGACACUUCCAUUAGGCUUAGAUACAGAAUUUUACAUCAAGUGGCAAUUGCGAUGAACUUCUUACAUCAAAUGAACCCAAUAAUCCUACACUUGGACCUUAAGGCUGAAAACGUUUUACUUGAUAGUUACUGCAACGUUAAGUUGUGUGAUUUUGGGUUGUCCAAAGCACGGAAAGAGAUAACAUCAACAAGUGUUACAAGCAAAGGAGGCUUUGGAACUGUAACUCACAUGUCCCCACAGCAGUUGGAAAAUUCUAAAUCACCUACGAAACAAGAUGACGUGUACUCAUUUGGAAUUCUCAUAUGGGAAGUGUUUACAUCAGGAAUGCAGCCGUACGAAGAUAAUCGUUACCAUGAAAUCUUAGUGGGUGUUGCAAUACUGCAAAUGCGCCCCAAACCGGAGUUCCUCCUUGACACGAGAAAAGACUGUCAUUUAGAGGAACUGUACAUAUUGAUGAAAAAGUGUUACACUCAUAAUCCAUCAGAAAGGCCAACUUUUGAUGAGUGUGCAGUAUCCUUGGAAGGUUUCUUGGACACAGACGAGAGAAAGUUACAGCUUGACGUAGAAAAGGCAACCGAAAAAGUUAAAGCCAAAGAACAGCUCGGGACCUAUAACAACGAAUCAAAAAUUGACUGUCAGAAUCUAACAGAGGCAGUAAGCUCACGCUAUAUCGCUGUACAUCAACACGAGGAUGAAAAUGAAGCUGAACAUGACGUCGUAAUCUCUGAACAUUUACGCAAACGCUCAAAACACAGUUCAAAUACAGAUAGAGGCCAAAUCAAAUCUGAGCGAUCUUCCAGGAGUACUGCGUCACAAUUAAAGGGAGAAUUGGUCGAAACAAAAAUGGCGACGGACUUCACUCAAGCUCCAAAGUUCAAUAGAUUCGUGAUUUUCAUUGUUCUCUGCUUUGUUUUGUUGUUACUUGGACUAUUAGUGUUUAAACCAAAUCAAACAUCAAAAUGUGCUGAAAAGGCGGAACUU